UGCCAAGAACAAGUGACACUUCCCCGGUGACGUGUCUCGACCCCGAACGAUAGGAAGACACAAAAGCGGAGUGCGGCUUCUGAGGAGGGUUUCUACUCUUUUUUUUCCUGUCUGUUGUGGAUUAGUGUCCCGCAUUACUUUUGAAAAUAGUAACUGUAAAGUGCCGACCCUAUAAUAAUAUGGGCGCAUUAUGUAUUAAGUUGCUGCCGAGACUUUUCUUGCUGAUGGUUACUCUGCCAGUAAACCUAAGUUUCUAUCUUCCGGGUUUGGCUCCUGUCAGUUUCUGUGAAGAAGAAAAGGAAGGGAUUUGUGAGAAUAAAAUUCAGUUAUAUGUGAACAGGCUGGACUCCGUGGAAUCUGUGCUUCCAUAUGAAUAUAAUGCGUUUGGCUUCUGUAGUGCCGGUGGAAAAAAACGUCCAUCUGAAAAUCUUGGUCAGGUUCUGUUUGGAGAACGUAUUGAACCAUCACCCUAUGUGUUUAAUUUUAAAAAGAAUGAAGACUGCAAAUAUGUUUGUACUGUGAAAUAUAACAGUGGAGACCAAAAGCUAGACUUUUUAAAGAAAGCGAUGCUCUUGAACUAUCAGCAUCACUGGAUUAUUGAUAAUAUGCCUGUGACUUGGUGCUACGACGUUGAGGAAUCAUUGAAAUUUUGCAACCCUGGCUUUCCUAUUGGUUGCUAUGUUACUGAGCAAGGACACCCAAAAGAUGCCUGUGUUAUUAGUUCUGAUUUUCAUGAAAAAGACACUUUUUACAUCUUUAAUCAUGUGGACAUCACAAUUUCCUACCAUGUAGUAGAUAAAAGUGAAGGAGCUGAAGGUGCAAGACUGGUAUCGGCAAAGUUAGAACCAAAAAGUGUGAAGCAUGCAAAACCAGAUCAACUUGACUGCUCUGGAACACCCAUGGAGAUAUCUAAUAAGCAUCAAGGGGAAGUUGCGAUUAUUUACACCUACAGUGUUAAAUUUCGGGAAGAACCUGCAAUUAGAUGGGCAUCAAGAUGGGAUUAUAUUCUCGAAUCUAUGCCACAUACAAACAUUCAGUGGUUCAGUAUCAUGAAUUCUCUGGUAAUUGUCCUGUUUUUGUCUGGUAUGGUAGCAAUGAUCAUGCUACGGACGCUGCAUAAAGACAUUGCAAGAUACAACCAGAUGGAUUCGGCUGAAGAUGCCCAGGAGGAAUUUGGUUGGAAACUUGUUCAUGGUGAUGUCUUUAGACCACCAAGGAAGGGAAUGCUGUUGUCUGUGUUUUUGGGCUCUGGAACACAGAUCUUUAUUAUGACCUUUGUUACACUGUUCUUUGCAUGUUUGGGAUUUCUUUCACCUGCGAACAGAGGGGCCCUGAUGACCUGCGCUGUGGUAUUGUGGGUGCUGCUUGGAACUCCUGCAGGUUAUAUAGCUGCUAGAUUUUACAAAUCUUUUGGUGGUGAAAAAUGGAAAACGAAUGUUUUGAUGACAGCAUUCCUUUGUCCUGGAAUUGUAUUUGCUGAUUUCUUUGUCAUGAAUCUCAUUCUCUGGGGAGAAGGUUCUUCAGCAGCAAUUCCAUUUGGCACUUUGGUAGCUAUUUUGGCACUGUGGUUCUGCAUUUCAGUUCCCCUCACAUUCAUUGGUGCUUACUUUGGCUUCAAGAAAAAUGCAAUUGAGCACCCUGUUCGUACAAACCAGAUACCUCGACAAAUCCCAGAACAGUCGUUUUACACAAAGCCUAUUCCUGGCAUCAUUAUGGGAGGAAUUCUUCCUUUUGGCUGCAUUUUUAUUCAGCUGUUUUUCAUCCUCAAUAGCAUAUGGUCUCAUCAGAUGUACUACAUGUUUGGCUUUCUGUUUUUGGUGUUCAUUAUCUUAGUCAUCACAUGCUCAGAGGCUACUAUACUGCUGUGCUAUUUCCAUUUGUGUGCAGAGGAUUACCAUUGGCAGUGGCGUUCAUUCCUGACAAGUGGAUUCACAGCCAUUUAUUUCCUUGUAUAUGCAGUGCACUAUUUCUUUUCCAAGCUUCAGAUUACAGGAACAGCUAGCACUAUAUUAUACUUUGGAUACACAAUGAUAAUGGCUUUGAUUUUCUUUUUGUUCACAGUUUUCAUAGGUUCAUUCUGUGGCCUACACAUGUGGAAGGCAUUAUACCCUGGUAUGGCUGGGGUGCUUUCUACGGCCUUGGACCAGGUCCGUCUGACUGCACAGAUGUCUGCAUCUUCCAAGGAACCAUUGGAUUCUUUGCGUGCUUUUGGUUUGUCACCAAAAUAUACAGUGGGGUGAAAGUUGACGUUAAAGGCAUCAUUGAAUUUGCACUUUUAAAAACGGAUUACCAUUGGUUAACAUUUUAAAAAUCCAUCCUUAAAGAACUUUUUUUUUUUUAAUUAGUGGUCAAGAGUGGUUUGGAAAGAAGAAAAUCCCUUUAAACCCUAUGAAAACAGCAAAAGCUUUACUGAACAAUAUGUUUACAUUAAAGAAUUUCAUGUGAACAUACAAGUACUUACAUUUGUUUCAGUACACUGUUUUUGUGAAGCUGCUGAUGAACAACACAUUUAGGGUGUUAAUUUGUAAGUAAGGUAGUUUAUAUUGUGUAGGGUCUACUUUUUCUGUCAGAGAAGUAACGUGCUAGUGACUUUAGUUUAUCUUUGAAAAUGGAGCAACUGAUGUAAAUUACGUUCGACACAUUUUCAUAGUGGGCUAAACAGUCUUUUUUUCUGUGAAUCAUUGGUAUGGCAAUUGUGAAGGAAUAUCCUUUAAACCGUUUUAAUCUUCAUUUUUUUUUUUUUUUCUACAUGCAUGUUGCCAUCUAAUUAAAACUUUCACAUCUUUAGGAGCAGACAUUUUUGCAUCAUUAUUGGUUUACAGUGAUUUAUUUGCCUUUUAAACUAUGUCCCUCUGAGUCUGUUGAUUUAUAAAUUUAUAAAUAUUUGUAAACCUUG